CCUGUGGUUGCUACGGUGAUGCUUCUCUGGAAUGUUCUGUGGGCUUCAGGAGAUUCUUGAAUGCUCCUAUUUGGGACAUUUAUCUAAGUAACUGCUGUUCUUUUUGUUACUGCGUCUAAAGUCCCUGUGGACUCUGCAGAAGCCUAACCCAUAUGAAUAUGGAAGCUCACCUCCAAGGUCUAAGCCAGGCCGUGUCUGCUGAAUUAUCCUUUCCUCUCAGACAUGGUUAAAGGGAAGCAGGUCUCAGGCACAGCUGCUUCCCACCCCCAGAUUUUUAGGGGUUAGCAGUGAUCCUCCUUUCCCGUGACCUCUUCGCCAUCUAAUAAUGAUAAAGCCCAGAUUACGCAGGGGGUUGGGUUUGUGUUUUUUUCUGGCUGCAUGAAAGGAUCUGUGUUUUACGAUAAGGUGGUAAAGAAUGCGUUUGGACUUUGGCAACAUUACUCAUUUGAAUUUAUAAGCAUAAAGUCUUCUCCAAGGCAGAUCCACCAUCUGCGGAGCCUCGGGCCAGCCUGGCCCAUUUCUCGGGAUACCCCAAGCUCUAGAACCCUGCCUGAGACUUUUCCUUCUCCCCCCGCCUGCCCAUUCUCAUUUCAUUUAUUCUUUGCUGUGUGCAAUGGAUUAACGUUUCAUCAGGGUGGAUUAGGACGGAAUUGACAUGGAGGCUGUUUUUCUUCCCUGCUGUCACUGUUGGGCAGUGUGGGGGAGGGGGCUCAUCCUGAAAGUACCUGGUGAGGAAGAGGGAGAUAAAGCCGGAGUUUGCAGGGCGAAAAUACUUCCCAGGCACAAAUUGGGAGGCCUGGAUGGAGUAGGCAGGUGGUUUCAUCAGCCUAACGCAGUGUCACAUGGAACAAAAGCUGUAGAGGUUUUAUUUAGCUCUUAAUCCGCACGCUGAGAGCACCAAGGUCCAUGUGCACAGACCAGGCAGGGAGGGGGAGCCGCCUGGCCUGCGUGCAGCCCCCCUUUCUGGGACUGAGCCACAAAGAGGAGACUUUAGGCUGUCAUUGCGGAGCGAGGCAAAGUUACUGUGAGUGUUGUGUUUUGUCUACUAAGGUUUCGGAAGAUUAAUAAUUUAGGCCGUACUUCGAAAUAGGAAACCCUCAGCUGGUUGGUCCCACUGUCCCGGGAGGGUUAGGAUGCAGCAGGGCUGUUCCGGAUGUAUGUAACUGAAGAUUAAUAAAGAAAGGCUUCCUUCUGCUGCCUCUCACUCAUCUUUUUCCAAUGCUGGUUCCAAGCAGGCCUGUAGGUAUUGGGUGUUCUCAGAGCUGGGACGCUGCCGGGUGGUACCAAGGCCCCUGGGAGAGCGCCGAGGAGCCCAGGCCGCCGGGGAGGAGAGGUUCUCUGACGUACGGAGGAGAGGGAGCGUGGUAUGAGCAGCUGGACCACAGAGCGCAGAGCGCCAGCGUGCCCGGGGCCGCCGCGCUGGCCCGCGAGCCCUGCCGGUACCAGGAGGAGGCCUUUUAUAACACGCUCGCCGGGCGGAAGGGCUCCGUGCCCAACUUCGCCUUCUACGACACCAGGCAGGCAGUAAUGUCUGCCCGCCCUUCCCUGCCGCCGCGGGACUACUUCGGCGACCCUUCCGUUGCUGCUAGGGUGCCCAAGGAGCCUCACUACUUCAGGGACCCUGGAGUGAGCCAACCGGUGCCUGGUUAUGGGGUGCUGGGCAGCAGAGUGGCAUGGGAUCAAGUGCCAGGCCGGUUCCCAGGCCUGCAGGACGCUGGUCACCUGUAUCGGGAUCCUGGAGGUAAAAUGAUCCCUCCGGGGCAGUGGGUACAGAGCCGGAACCCAUCUCCUGUGCGAUUUGGAGUGGAGCUGCCCGAUGCCAGGCAUGGGGCGGAGGUGGGUGCCUACCCCACCAACCACAUCUACAACGAUGUCAGCGAAAGGCCUGGGGAUUCUGCUCCUGCCAGGCAGGCAGCCCCGACGUGCCUGGUGGUGGACCCCAGCACAGCCACUGCCUCCGGUGGUGGCCCAGGGGCAGCCCCCGGUGCCCUGAAUCGCGGCUAUGGCCCAUCCCGGGAAAGCGUCCACCCCAAGAUGGCUUAUGAGAAUUACGAAGCGGACCUGCCCACUCUCCAGGCACCCAGCAGCAAAAGGAAUGUGCUGCCGGAGUUCCUGGCCUUGCUGCGGGCCGAGGGUGUGGCGGAGGGCACACUGGCCACCCUGCUGCAGCAAGGCUUUGAUUGCCCAGCCAUCCUGGCCACCAUGGAGGAUGCGGACAUCAAGGCCGUCGCACCCAACCUGGGCCAGGCACGAGUCCUGAGCCGCCUGGCCAGCAGCUGCCGGGCUGAGACGCAGCUGCGGAGGCAGGAGCGGGUGGGCCCCCUGCCGCGGGCACGCUCCAGCAGCUUCAGCCACCGCGGCGAGCUGCUCCAUAGCGACUUUGCCUCUCUGGGAGCUGGGGCCCUGCCGCCCCAGCCUCGGGGGCCCCUGCAGACAGCGUCCCCCCGAGUCGGAGACCUGGCCCGCCGCCCUUCGAGUGCGCCAUCCCAGCACCUCCUGGAGAGAGCAGCUACCUACUCUGCCCCUGGGGUGGGCACCCAAGCGCCCCAUCUCCCCUCCAAUUCUGGGUACGGCUCUCCCACCCCUUGUGCCCUGACGGCACGGCUGGGGCCCACGUACCCACCACGGGCUGGGGUAGCCUUGACUAACCCAGGCCCCAGGACAGCCUACUCCACAGCUUACACCGUGCCCAUGGAGCUGCUGAAGCGUGAGCGCGGUGUGGCCGCGUCCCCACUGCCCAGCCCCCACGGAAGCCCCCAGCUCCUGCGGAAGCCUGGUGUCCCCGCGGAGCCGCCUGCGCUGCCACCUGCCAGCCAGCGCCUGCACACCCCGCACGCACCCUACCAGAAGGUGGCUCGGCGGACAGGCACACCGAUCAUCGUCUCCACCGUGCUCACGCCGGAACCAAGUAUCCGUCCCCAGAUCAUGAACGGCCCCCUGCACCCCCGCCCCCUGGUGGCGCUACUCGACGGCCGGGACUGUACCGUGGAGAUGCCCAUCCUGAAGGACCUCGCCACUGUGGCCUUCUGUGACGCCCAGGCCACUCAGGAGAUCCACGAGAAGGUGCUAAACGAAGCGGUCGGCGCCAUGAUGUACCACACCAUCACCCUCACCAGGGAAGACCUGGAGAAGUUCAAGGCCUUGAGAGUGAUCGUGCGGAUAGGCAGCGGCUAUGACAACGUAGACAUCAAGGCUGCCGGCGAGCUGGGGAUCGCUGUGUGCAACAUCCCGUCUGCAGCGGUGGAGGAGACUGCCGACUCCACCAUCUGCCACAUCCUCAACCUCUACCGGCGGAACACGUGGCUGUACCAGGCGCUGCGGGAGGGCACGCGGGUCCAGAGCGUCGAGCAGAUCCGGGAGGUCGCCUCAGGAGCAGCCCGCAUCCGCGGGGAGACGCUGGGCCUCAUUGGCUUCGGUCGCACGGGGCAGGCGGUCGCUGUUCGAGCCAAGGCCUUCGGAUUCAGCGUCAUAUUUUAUGACCCCUACUUGCAGGAUGGGAUCGAGCGGUCCCUGGGCGUACAGAGGAUCUACACCCUGCAGGACUUGCUGUACCAGAGCGACUGCGUGUCCCUCCACUGUAACCUCAACGAGCAUAACCACCACCUCAUCAAUGACUUUACUAUCAAGCAGAUGAGGCAAGGUGCGUUCCUCGUGAACGCAGCCCGCGGCGGGCUGGUAGACGAGAAAGCCUUAGCCCAGGCCCUCAAGGAAGGAAGAAUACGAGGGGCAGCCCUGGACGUGCACGAGUCAGAGCCUUUCAGCUUCGCUCAAGGCCCGCUGAAAGACGCACCAAAUCUCAUCUGCACGCCGCACACGGCCUGGUAUAGCGAACAAGCCUCGCUAGAAAUGAGGGAGGCGGCUGCCACCGAGAUCCGCCGAGCGAUCACAGGUCGCAUCCCAGAAAGCCUAAGAAACUGUGUGAACAAGGAAUUCUUUGUCACAACAGCUCCUUGGUCAGUAAUAGAUCAGCAAGCAAUUCAUCCAGAGCUCAAUGGUGCCACAUACAGAUACCCACCGGGCAUCGUGGGCGUGGCCCCGGGAGGACUUCCUGCAGCCAUGGAAGGCAUCAUCCCCGGAGGCAUCCCCGUCACUCACAACCUCCCCACAGUGGCACACCCUUCCCAAGCCCCUUCUCCCAACCAGCCCACAAAACAUGGGGACAAUCGAGAGCACCCCAACGAGCAAUAGCAUAGGAUGUCAGAAGGUAAUCGUUCAGAUAAACCUGGGACCAAGAGACAGUGAACAGAGGAGAACUCCGAGAAAAAGGAUUGGACAGUCUUCUUAACUGACUCUGGACACUAUGCAUCAUUGCGGUUGCAGUGUUAAAACUAAAAAUGAGCUAGAACGAGACUGGGAAACCCGAAGGUGCCGUGCUACGGAAGGAAGCGCCGAAAGACUAGGGCGUGAUCAUUAACGACCCACUCCUGUUGUUGUGUGUUAAGUUUCUCAUCUGUGCAUCAAAUCACCAAGAAUAAAUAGAUCUUUUUCCUUUCUCAGUCCCUUGGGCACAGCAGGUCCAGAGCACCUUGCUCUCGAUUGUUGCAUCAAGAGUUCCAAACGUGAAAAUAAAAAAUGUAAAGAGGAAAUCCCCACCCGACGACUCUAGUCCCUUCGGUCCACGGGGGCUGGUUACCUCUUGCUAAUAGGAAGAUUAAAUUACAACAAAGCGGGGAGAAAACCGUUUGCCUGUCAGACAACUGCCGGCAGAGGAUUGAAGACAGUACAGGUGCCUGUCCAGAGACGUGUUCCUCACAGCUGAACUGUGUACUGAGCGGGCGAGUUGGCUGUAAGUUCAGUAAUACCCUCUGAUGAUGCAAAAAAAAAAAAAAAA